AUGGCUCUCGAGCUUCACAUUUGGGGACCAGCCUUUGGAUUACCGUCCAUUGAUCCCGAAUCCCUUGCCGCCCUUUCGUAUCUUGGCCAUGUAGUUCCCACCGGGGACUGGUCGUUGAUCGCCAGCAAUGACGCAGCCCUCAACCCUGAUCAAACACUCCCUGCCCUACAUCACAAUGGCACAUGGAUUUCAGGGUACACUAAUAUUGUCGAGUACCUCAGUCUGCAGAACUCUGCAUGGUCGAUCGACAGUGCUCUCGGCAGGACCCAGCAAGCUGAUACUCUAGCGUACGCAUCCUACAUCCAGUCGCGCGGAUCAGCUCUCGUCGCCUUCUCGCUCUAUGUCUCGCCGAGCGCCUGGGCGGACCUGACCCGGCCGGCGUACUCGGCGCUCCUCCCCUUCCCUCUGACGUGGACCGUUCCGCUCAAGAUCCGCUCCGCGGCUAUCGCGAGGACGGAACACCUCGGAUUAGACCACCUGGCCGCCGACGUUGACCCGGCAGAUGGCUCGUCCGAGUCCAAUAGGUCAACGACGGCGCCGACCACGUCGACAGGCUUUCUCCGCCUCCCCCUCCGCCCAAAGGUGAGCACCACCAUGGCGCCAGAGCAGGCCGCCGCCAUACGUCUUCAGAGCAUCACGGAGGACUUUUUCUCCGUGCUUGAUGAGCUGCGGGGGGAUGGCCCGUAUUUCUUUGGCCGAGAGACUCCAUCGUCCUUGGACUUUUUGGCUCUCGGAUAUCUAGAGCUCCUCCGCGUCAAGACGCCGCACCCGUUCAUGGAUACUUGCAUGAGGCGGAGCCAGGCAGGCAGCCGGCUCGCGCAAUUCCUGGACCAUAUGCAUUCCGUGCCCGUGAGGUGGCGAGCGGACAAUGAGCAACUACCCUGGGCCUGCCCAACCCCUCGGGGCGUUACAAGGACUUUGGGCCAGUUUGCCGAGAACGUGAUACAAAACGCCCCUGGAGUCGGCGAGGCAUGGAGGCAAUGGAACGGCGAGGGCGUCAAGUCACAGGACCAGAAACAGGAUCCAACGCAGGUCCUCAUGACGGUUGGCAGUGUGGUAGCAGCACUCGCAGCCGUCGGCGGAGCCAUGCUGUUCCGGUCUCUCCCACCGUUUGGCGAGCCUACACAACGCUUCGAGGCGCCCAAGCCGCAAAAGAGCGGUCUGUAUCGGUUCGGAGAUAUUGGUGCCAUGUUUGACAAUCUACCCGACUUUGAGGCGGUGCCUUCGAGGCCGUCGCCAGAACGCACCGACACAGUGUAUCGACGCGAUGGCGUCGAGGUGGCCGUCGACGUUGAAGAGGAGGGACUCGGGGCACAGCCGCCACGCGAUGGAAAUGUCGCAGAGGUUGGCGUCGGUGUCAAGGUUGGCGACAAUGCUCGGAGCCUGUAA